UUGUAGCACUUCUAGUGGAAACGCUUCAGCAGGAAAGUCUGUAUAGCCUGGAAUUGUAUCGGGGGAAACCAACUUGUGUACCUGAAGGGAAAGCAUCAUUUCGCCAGGACAAGCGAACGGACGCCACCCUGUCCUGCAGACUGCAUCAAGCCUACAAAAUAUCUAAACAUUCCGAGAUCCCCAAACCCAGCAGACAGACCCGGAUCUUCUGAACUUUCAGCAUCUACUUUUGCGUUGAGAACACUUACAAUAGACUAAACAAGUUAUUUGCAGUAGUCGUAUGCUAAAAGUGGAUAUAUUUUAUUCCCUUUCGCAUUUUUGGAGGCAGACAGUUGCAAAGAACUAACGGUGAAUAUUUUGGAACUUGUCACUGCCGCCCCUCUCCUCUAUUUCAGUUAAAAAAAAAAUCAGGGGGGUAAAGCGACACGCAUCUACCGCGCUGGUGGGAAAAUCUGGAUUUUUGGACAGUGGGAUAAUCUUGUGGUCAGAAAACCAGAAAUUACUGAACUUCAUAGUGGUUUCCAAGCGCCGAGCUCUCCUCACGAUCUGCAAGUCAGCCUACGCGCAGUGCAUAAAGUGCUGUUCUCUAUACAUCUGGCAGUUACUUACCAGCGCCUUGCAUUGCAGUAAACCAAAGGAAAUAUCUCUACACAUACUCAUUCAUUGCGGUUCCUUUUGUGGGGCGCACAUCUUGAAGUCGGCAAGCUCUGGGAUAACUGGAUGAAAUACUGACCCCUCAAAAGAGCAAACGUGACUAGCUGUUAACGGCUCUGGUGUUUCGAAUGCGUGUUUCCAACUCCGAUCUCGACGGGGGGAUCUGCUUAUCCCAAAACGCAGGACAGGGAUUUGGUCUGCAUCUUUUGCUGAAGUUGCAUGCCUGACCGAAAUCGUCUUGAUCGAACGCAUCAAACCACUGCCGAGGUGUAAAAGAAAGUCCGGAUAUUUUGUGAAAGGCUUAACCGUACACGGCCAUGGCGAUGCUCACGAGUUUUUGGAUAAUCCUGGUGGCUGUUAACGUACCAGGUGGUAAAGCGCAGAGUGUGCAGAUGGAUGCCACGAAGUCCGGUUUUGUCGGCUCCCAGGUGGAGCUACGCUGUCUGUUCGUCAACAGCAACCCGCCCGUGAAGAUCUCGCAGGUCACCUGGCAGAAGUUCCUCAACGGCACCAAGCAGAAUGUGGCCAUCGCCAACCCCACCAUGGGCGUGUCCGUGCUCCCGCCCUUCAAGGACCGCGUCACCUUCAAGCAGCCGGCCGUCCGCCACCGCACGCCGUCACUGGAGGACACCACCAUCAUGUUCUCCAACCUCCGGCUCUCUGACGAGGCCGCCUAUAUCUGCGAGUACACCACCUUCCCAGCUGGUAACCGUGAGAACAUGGUCAACCUCACUGUCUAUGCUCGGCCCAUGACCCGUUUAACACUGACCACUCCAACCAUAGUGGCACGGGCACAGAGGCGUAAGAUGACUGUGGCCACCUGCAUCUCGGCUAACGGAAAGCCACCCAGCACGAUCACCUGGGACACCCGGUUGAAGGGCGAGGCCUCUUUUCAGGAGACGCGCAAUGCCAACGGGACCGUCACGGUGCGCAGCAACUACGUGGUGGUGCCCAGCCGGGAGACGCAUCGGCAGAAGCUUACCUGCAUUGUUACCUACCGCAACGAGAGGAUCACAGACAGCGUGGUCCUCAAUGUGCAGUAUGAACCAGAGGUCAAGAUUGAAGGAUUUGACGGUAAUUGGUACCUGAACCGACAGGACGUGCAGCUGACCUGCAAGGCCGACGCCAACCCUCCCGUCACGGUGUACCAGUGGAAGCUUUUGAAUGGCUCCCUGCCCAACAACGUGGAGAUCCGCAACAACACCCUGUUCUUCAAAGGGCCGGUCACGUACGAGCUGGCCGGCACGUAUGUGUGCGAUGCCACCAACAACAUCGGGACCCGCUCGGGGCUGGUGGAGGUCAACGUGACAGAAUUCCCUAACAUCCCGCCACCCGGGGGCCGUGAGAUCCCGCAGGAGCAGCACAGCUCAGGCGCCGCCAUCGGGGGCGCUGUGGGGGGAGUCGUCCUGCUCGCUGUGGCUGCCACGCUCCUCUUCGUCUUCCUGCGUCGGCGCCAGCGUACCUUCAAGGGAGAUUACAGCACGAAGAAGCAUGUGUUUGGGAAUGGCUACAGCAAGGCGGGCGGCUUGCCCGCUCACCCUCCCUUGCCCAAGAACCUGCAGUACCCGGAGGACUCAGAUGACGAGAAGAAGCCCGCCCAGAUCGGGGGGCCGGGCGGCUUUGAGGGAAGCGAUCGCGAUUUUGACGGAGACACUGAGGAUCUGAAGAGGCCGUAUUUCACGGUGGAUGAAGGCGAGAGCCGCGAGUACGAUGAACGGACUCUUGCUUUCCGGUACGACCCCGAACCCGAGAUCGCUGAUGACAUGGUCUCCCAAACCGACGGCUCUGUCAUUUCAAAGAAAGAGUGGUAUGUUUAGUGGCAUGCGAAACCAAACAACCUCCUGCCCCCCUCCUGCAUCCAGUCACGCCCCUUAACCCAUCAUUUGUCACCCCCCCCUCUCAUUCCUCCAUAUCCAUCCCUCCUUUAAUGUCAUACCCAGAUCCUAAUGCCCAAUACCCCCCGCCUCCCAUCAGAAACCAUCCAAGUAAACAACAUCAAAAUUACAACAUCAAGUUCAGAGAGCUCGCAACAUCAACGUGACAACAUUUCAUCAUGGCAUUUGAAAAUCGCUAUUAAGAUUCUGCUUCUAAAAAUGUUUAUUAAUGGACUUAUGCCAGUUGCCAUUGACUUUUUAGGCCAGAAGGCUUAUUGCUUGUCAAUAAUUGUGUAUUUUUGUCUCUUUUUUUCUUGUUAUUAUAAAUAUUAAAUAUGUAUAAAAAAACUUUUUAACUUUUGGGAGUUGGGGAGAGGAGUACUGUGCAUAUAUUGUGAAUGUUCUACACUGGAUAUAUCAUUUUAUUAUUAUUUUAUUGCUUUAACUGUUUAUGGUUUUUGUAAUUUCUUUGCUUUCAGGUGAUGGGGAGGUUAUUUGUUAGCUGAUAGUUCAGCUGGAAUGAGGGCAAAAAUAUCAGGACAUGCUGAUGGUUGGAAUGACAGUGGUAGUGACACCCUUCUCUUCUUACUGUAUCUACUGAUCCAGUCUUUUUCCCUGUCUUUUCCAACAGAGACAAAUAACAGUCCCCAUAGGAGCAUAUCUUGCUGCUGCUUGCAGGAUAUGUGUUCUGGUGUGUAGAAGACUAGAUUCUGCAGUAAAUCUUAUAGAUAAUGAUUACUUUCCAAAGAUGUUUAUCAUCUGAUUCUUCAAAACCAUAAGUCUCUGCAGUCAGGGAUUAGCAUUACUGUCACCAGUGUUGAAAGCAUCCAGACACAUCUCUCUUAAGACUCAGAUGGGUAUACCCAUCAUAUUACAGUGUUGUGUAUCAGACUUUCAUGUCAACCAGUUUGUAGAGGAUACACAGUAGAAGUACUGUGGUGGCUAUGUAUGUUGCCAUUUUUUAUAAGCAGGGUAUCUGUGCGCAGAUACAGCUGGGGGAGGGGGUACUGUAAUGGAAACACAAAAUAUGUAAAGAGUGUGUUAGUGGAUUCAAACAUAAUAGGAAACACAUUGUCUAACUGUUAACCCCCUCACCCGGUGGCUCUGCUUAAACUUGAAAAGUCAGCCUUUGUUCUUACCCUCUCGAUAGCUCUUUAUGCCCAAGGAUGGGUGGAAUGUUGGGAGUUUUCAAUGUUCUGUGAUCAUGGUGUGUUUUUUUUAAUCAUCCUUACAUUUUGUCCACUCCCUCUAAUGGCAAAAAAACAAAGAAAAUAAAUGUUUUCAUGCAUUGGGAUAGAUUCAGGGUUACCCUAAUGUUGGUACUGGUUCAAUCUUUUGAGUUUGCCCAGGAAGAAUACAAAAUCAGCUCUGCUGUGGAAUUUCUUCUAAAGAACUAAGUGGCAAGACAUAUGUUGAAUCUGCCAACCAGCAACCUGCGCAAGACACGAUGGAUAUCAAACAAAACACAAACACAUAAGUAGAGUUCUGCUUGCACCUUGGCUUUUACAUCGAACAUUGUUCAUAAAAAGUCAGACAACGGGAUACAGAAAUGAGCAUGCCUGAACAUAAAGUAAAAAGCAG